AUGACUCUACUGAAGACCGUGCUAGAAAAAGUUGUCAACCGUUCCCUCAAUGACUGUCAGUGGAGACAAGCUACUCUUCCAAUCAGUUCAGUAAAAUCACAGUACUCUCUGGCUAUUUGUGCCCGCUCACAGUACUUCCUGGCUGUAUGUGUCCUCUCACAGUACUUCCUGGCUAUAUGUGUCCUCUCACAGUACUUCCUGGCUCUAUGUGUCCUCUCACAGUACUUCCUGGCUCUAUGUGUCCUCUCACAGUACUUCCUUACUAUAUGUGCCCUCUCACAGUACUUCCUGGCUAUAUGUGCCCUCUCACAGUACUUCCUGGCUAUAUGUGUCCUCUCACAGUACUUCCUGGCUAUAUGUGCCUUCUCACAGUACUUCCUGGCUAUAUGUGCCUUCUCACAGUACUUCCUGGCUAUAUGUGCCCUCUCACAGUACUUCCUGGCUAUAUGUGUCCUCUCACAGUACUUCCUGGCUAUAUGUGCCUUCUCACAGUACUUCCUGGCUAUAUGUGUCCUCUCACAGUACUUCCUGGCUCUAUGUGUCCUCUCACAGUACUUCCUGGCUACAUGUGCCCUCUCACAGUACUUGAUGGCUGUAAGUAAACUCACGCAGUAUUUCGUAGUUAUAUGUCCACUCCCAGAGUACCUCCAAGAUAUGUACUUCGGGCAAAAUGUGAACUCCAAGAAAUGA